UACAAUUCUCUAGUUCCAAUUCCUCUAUCACUUAAUGCUGCUCUUGCUGCUAUUUACUUUUACAUACAUGCACGGUUAUUCCAUCCCCUUCACCCAUCCACAAAGGCAUUACAUUUUGUGGACUUGGUUAAAGCUCUUAUUUUAUUCGUUACUCACUCGCAGCAGUGAGAAAAGCGUGUAAAAGUCCGUUUAAGAAGAAGUAAAAUUGCAGCAGCAAAUUGUGAGCAGGAAAACAAAUCUGUGCAACUUUAACGUCCUCAUAUAUGUUGUUGCCCUGUUUUUUAAAGGAAUAUUCUGUUCUUGUUCUUGUCUCCGUCCUGUUCUCGACGUAUUAGGAUUUUUUCGAUGGACACGACUUUUAUCACCAGAAUGUAAACGGAGAACGAGAGAUGAACUGAAAUACAGGACAGUUUGUAGUAUUUAUUUAUUAUUAAUGUCCACCAGUUGUCCUGUCAUUUAAUUUAAUUGUGGUGGGUGUAAAGAAUAUUGUGAAAAGUACAACGGGCUGGAGGGAUAAGCCAUAUCGUAUAUUAUUUAGUGAUCCAAUAUAACUUUGGAUGAGGGAAAAGUGUGAUAUUAUUUUAUCAAUGUGUUUUACUUUACUAAGGAAGAAAUUGUGUAGUUAAAUUUGAAGUGAGGAAGCCAUAAUUUAACUAAUAAGCUGGGAUUGGGACUGAAUUGUGAUUAAAUACGUUUUUGCAAUUAUUUUUGCCAAUGUACGUGCCCUCGGUUAAGGAAGAAUUCCGUAGGCUGGAUAUGAUAUGCGAAUAACGGAUCUGCGUAAAAGUGCCAUCAAUAACAGCUCAAGUUGGAUUUUUUAAAAGAAAAGUUUAACCAAACGAUCUUGAUUUUGCUAUUUUUACUUGGUUUAAGAACGUAAUUGAACUGGGCUCAAACUGAAAAAGUGAAUAUUGAAUAUUGUUCAAAGUAUUAUUAAAGAAAAGUGGAUACCAGAGAGAGGAGGACUAUUACGAAUUAUCGCCGGAUAAAGCCUUUCAUUUCGACAAAUUCUCAUCCGGCAAAUAGAUACGUUUGUGGAAUAGUGGUCGCCGUCGUCACGAAAUGCCAACAUCCUAAAAGACAAAAAAAUAGAACAAAAGUCGGAAAUCAAGAUGCAUUUCAACCCCACCCACUUUUCUGUCGUGGUGGUAAUCCUCGCCAUCCACCUCAUCACCACCACCUCCACCACCACGGUCGUCAAAGGACAGCCAAAACUGUGUUCAACAAGUACCAAGUACAACAUGACGGUGACGACGUCAGAACAGAAGCCAGUCCGGGUACAAAAGUUUGAUUGGUGUUUCAGUUUGCAGUUCAAAUGCAGCAAAUAUGUCACGGAGAUACGGACAAUUACAAAGAAUGAGACGAUACAAAAGACCAGACAAGAGUCAGUCUGCUGUCCAGGAUAUCAGGUCGGGAAGGACGACAAAUGUUACCCGAGCUGUCAGCAAGAAUGUGUCCACGGCGUGUGUACUGCGCCCAACAAGUGCGAGUGCGAGGACGACUAUGGUGGCCUUGAUUGCAGUUUGAAAUGUCCUCCUCAGACAUGGGGAAACCAUUGUGAGAACAAAUGUCAGUGUGAUCAUGGCUCAAAGUGUGAUGUGCAGACGGGGAUUUGUGCUUGCGAACCAGGAUGGAAGGGAGAGCAUUGUGAUAUGCCAUGUCCUGCAGAUUUCUACGGUCCAGAAUGCAAGGAGCAAUGUCGCUGUAUGCAUGGCGGAUCAUGUGACCCGGUCAGUGGAAAAUGUAAUUGCACCUCUGGAUGGAAAGGACCACUAUGUGAAAUUCCUUGUCCUCCUGGAACACACGGAAAGGAAUGCUCUAGCAAUUGCAAGUGUCAGAAUAAUGGCACGUGUGAAAGUAGAACGGGACAAUGUUACUGCAAAAAGGGAUGGAGGGGCGAUGUGUGCGCUAGUCCGUGUCAAAAUGGAAAGUAUGGUCUUCAAUGCAAGGAGAACUGCGAGUGUUACAAUGGCGCAUUGUGUGACCACAUUACUGGAAAGUGUACUUGCACGCCAGGAUAUCAGGGAGAAUUUUGUCAAACGGAAUGUCCUUCAAACACAUGGGGGACCAAUUGCUCGUUUACGUGCACCUGUAAAAAUGAUGGUCAGUGUAGCAAUGUAAAUGGAUCCUGCUCUUGUCCUCCGGGAUGGACGGGAAAAAACUGCGAGGAAGGAUCAUGUCCAGCAAGCACGUACGGACCUGGUUGUCAGUGUCGAUGCAACUGUAACCAGACGAAUACGUUAGCGUGUCACUCCAAUGAUGGACGAUGCAUUUGUAAAGCUGGAUGGAAAGGGAUUGAUUGUUCGAGACCCUGUUCACUAAACACGUGGGGGCUAGAAUGUAGCAAAACUUGCGAUUGUCAAAAUGGUGCAUUCUGUGACCCUGUGAAUGGGAAAUGUACAUGUACUUCCGGAUUCAUUGGACAAUAUUGCGAAAAUUCUUGUCCCGAUGGGAAAUACGGGAUUGAUUGUGAACAUGACUGUAAAUGUUACAAGGCGACACAUUGUGAUGCAACUAACGGGAAAUGUAAUUGCGAACCGGGGUGGCACGGACUUUAUUGCGACAAACAAUGCACGGCAGGUCUCUGGGGUCCGGGAUGUAUUAACAAGUGCGAAUGUAAAAAUGAUGGGGUUUGUGACCCACAAAAUGGAAAAUGCUCCUGCCGCCCAGGCACUCACGGAACAAAUUGUGAGAGGACCUGUUCUGCAAUGCAAUUUGGUUUAGACUGUCAACAAAACUGUUCUUGCGUUCGGGAAAAUACUUUAAAAUGUGACGCUACCAAUGGAACCUGCAACUGCAAAAGUUCUUGGAGUGGUGCCGAGUGCGACACCACUUGCGAGCCGGAAACAUGGGGCGAAAAUUGUGAUCAACCGUGUCGCUGUAAUGGUGCCAGUUGUGAGCCGACAACUGGAACGUGUCACUGUCCGUUGGGGAAGACAGGAAAUAAUUGCGAACAAACCUGUCCUCCUGGGUCAUUUGGAUUAAAUUGCGCUCAAAAAUGUCCCGACUGCAAACAUGGGACAACUUGUGACGUUUUCUCAGGCCAAUGUGUAUGUGACGACUAUUACACGGGGUGGUUUUGCUCGUCUCCCUGCCCCAAAGAUAUGUUUGGACCCAAGUGUAGAAGUAGGUGCAACUGCCGAAAUGAUGGUGACUGUAAUCCCAUUUCAGGUGUUUGCCGAUGUUUGCCGGGUUGGACAGGCGAAGAUUGUUCCAAACCUUGCCCUCCUGGAAAAUAUGGUUUCAAUUGUACUCAAUCCUGCCAGUGUGCUAAUGGUGAAAAAUGUCGAGCGCAUGAUGGUCAUUGUCACUGCAAGCCGGGAUCAAUGGGUCCACGUUGUGAAGAAAGUUGUCCCGAAGGGUACUACGGCGAACAUUGCGUUCAUACCUGUCUGUGUGAGAAGGGUCAAGUAUGCGAUCCUGUUAUUGGAUGCAACAUUCUAGGUUCUCAUCAAGAAUUCACCAAUGAAAUCCUCUCCCAUCACGGGAUGGACAUUACGUGCUACAAGGCAUCCGGAUCUUCACUUCCCGACACGAUUCACAUGCCUAAACAAUCGGAGGAGGGUCACAUGGGGAAUAUACUAAUUAUAACAAUGACUGUGCUAAUACUGCUCAUAAGUGUGCUUGCCAUUGUCGUUUACUAUCGUCGCCGCAUAGCCAAGCUUAAACAUCACGAGCACAACGUGCAUUAUAUGGCCAACCCUGACGACCCGCAAGGUAACCUUCUCCACCCAAUCAGAGAACCAUUUCCAUUCAUUCCAAGUGUUCCUCGGAUGUCUGACCAGGCCGGAGUGCCACUAAAUAAUGGCCAGAUUAAUAACUUGAAUGGGUUGACUGCAAAGAAAAAGCCGCAAAAUUGGAACUAUUAUCCCAGCGAGGAUGACGAUUUUUCUAAUCAAGCUUUCGCCGACUGGUAUUAUGGCAAAGGAGGAGCGAGCAGUUCUUACGACCAUCCUGCUGCACUCGCUGCCAAGAAUCGAGAAGCAGAUUUAACCAACCCAAAUUUGGUCGCAAAUAAUAUCUACCACAGCAUUGAGGAUUUAAACAGACCUGAUAAUGAGCACCUCUACGAUGAGAUUAAUCAACAAAAGGCAAAUAAUCUACUGGCUGAGGAGGAGUACGACCACCUCGACCACACGCGAGCCAAUUCUGUCCCAAAUCCAAACUAUACCCGAAUGCAAACCAUUCCGCGGAGUGAUCGCAGUAUUCGGAGUAUCGCAUCCACAAUUAGUUCCAACACCAACGUUCCUAACAUCCCAACCCCGAAUGGAAUUAUUGGAGGUCAUGGAGGAGCGUCAUCAUCCAUUUUGCAUGAUAGCAACAAUAUCAAUAGUGAUACAAUACGAUCGAAAGAUCACAAUCAGAAAUUAGCUUUAUUCAGUAGUUCAGAAGAGAAUGACGACUAAACUAUUUAUGCAUAGCAAAACACAAGUUAUUACAUGCUAACAAGCUUCAUCACUCACCUUCUCAAACUUUGGAUAAUCAAUCACACAAUGACCUUCUUCCACUUCCUCGUCUUCGUUUUCGACUCGUGUAAUGUGUAUUUAAUGUUCUACAUUAUAUCGUAUUAAUUGUAAAAAGUCUUCGCCUAAAAAACUAAUACCUCGAGUCAAUACAAAUAGUUGCACACAAAAGAGAAUAAUAUUAAUCGGAGCGUUGUCUAGUUUUAACUUAAUUUAUAAAUCCCUACAAUAACUGGAAAAAGUGAUUAACUUUAACUAUUUCAACAUUUAAAUCAGUUUGACGACAUAAGUGAACGAACAAGCGUAUUAAGAAACUUCUAAUCGUGUCCGCCCCACGAAUCAAGCAAGUCAACCUACAUACUUUUAAUAUACACUAGUAAUAGCUAUAAUAAUAUAAUGAUACAGUUUUACCAAAACACAUCGAAAAUACUUAAACUACAUAACUGCUCAUCCAACAACAGCAACAACAUUUCGUACAAUAUAUAUGAAAACGUCCUUCAAGAAAGAAAAUUAAGAAAUUGAAUUAUGAAGAGAAGAAUAGUUCAUUGACUGACUUAUUAAUGGACACGACUGAGAUGAAAAAUGUUUCAUGAAAAUCAACAACUUUUACUUUUUACUUUGUAACAUUUUUAUUAUGUAAUACCGUAUUUUUAUUUUUUGCUUGAAACUCAUGAACAUGUCUCCAACUCCUAACAGCUCUUUUAACUUACGAGUUUUAUUAGUCUCUCAACAAUGAGUUUACAUUCAUAAUUCUUUUUAUAUAUGUAAAUAUUUUAGCUUAUCCAGUUCCAAGAUAUACAUGUUGUUUGUAAUGCUAUAUGUGUAGACUGAUCUCUUAUUUUAAUAACUCUUCGUGUUACUUACGUAAAAUUUUAAACAUUUUUCUCAAAAUUUUGAACAUGGAAGACUUUUUUAGAAAAACACAAAAAGGAAGGACUACUUUUAAUUAAGCAUGUAGUUUGAGUCAGUCAAUCAAAAAGUGAUGGUGAAAAUACUGAUUUUUUUAAGAGAAUUUAUUAAUUACUCCCACAAGCUUUUUUGCGUAUACUAUAUUAUAUUGCUAUUUAAAUGUCCAUAAUCUUUAGAGGACUAGAGAGUGCGUAGCCAGUGCCUAAAUAUAAUUAAUUAAAUAAUUUAAAAAUUGAUAAUAUAACCUAGCAUUUUGUAAAGUAUUAUUAUUCAUAAGCUCGUUGCUGCUGCUGCUGAACGCGAUGAUAUCUAGUUUACAAAUAUAUAGCUUACAAAAUCAUGAUGUCACUAAUUAUUCGUACCCUGUACUAGAAUACAAAGACGAGAUUUACUAUCAUCAUUAUCGGGAUAAACAUAUCCAAAAUGUAUGAAAUUCCAUGAAAUUAAUCGCUUCCAACAUAUACAAUUGUAUAUCCUCAAGCAAUGACGGGAACUAAUAAAAGCUUGAAUAAUUUAUUCAGUAUCUUA